AUGGAUUGGGCAUUAGAAGCUGCAAAAAAGAAGUUCAAGAACCAGGCGGGUGGAUCGCGGUCAAUAGUUGAAUCACUUAAUGACUUUAAUGGCGUUAUACUGAAGGGCCACAAGGAAGCAGAGGAUAUAUUCUAUCGGAGUAAUGACUGGAUCAAUAUGGAAAUGGAAGCGCUUGGCUUCCCCAGGGGCGAUGGUACAAAAGUCGCUCCGGUAAGUCCUGAGAAGAGUUUAAUGAAUGAUGAUGAAGCAAGGGAAGAAAGCGAUGCAAUAGACCAGGAUGAAACAGCAAAAAAGAUGGAUAUAUCAUACAAUCGAUCAGAAUAUUCAUUAAGUACAAAAUCGAAAACUCAAGGAGAACAGCAUGGAAAAGAACGACAACAUAAGCAAGAACAGGAAAGAAAACAAGAACAGGAACGAAAAGAAGAGCGAAAAGAGGAACAAGAACAAGAACAAGCUCAAAAGGAAGACCUGCAACGUGACAGAGAAACACAGAAUCAGAAAAGGGAGGGACCGGUACUAAAUCAUAGCCAAGAAGAAAAACAACUUGAAACUCACGAAUAUGACGCAGUUGUAUCAGGGGAACCAAAUAUUCGUUAUGUAACUGAUGAACAUACAGGUGACAGUAAAGGACCACAACAAACUGAUUUACAGGACAACAAUAACACAAAUUUUAACCAGAGACUAUAUGUACAACCUGCAAUUACUCCCAAAAGUCUCUUAGGAGAUGAUACUGGUAGAUUACAAGUGAAUUCGUCUUCUAUAAAAAAAAGCACAGAAUCUUCUCUUGCGAAAUCAUCUCCUUGGCAGGUUCAAAGAGAUAAUAAGGAUUCAACCUCAACAGGUGAAAUUAAAUUAGCAGUGACAAAGGAUACUUGGAUACUCGAUCAGGAUAUUGAUCAAAAUAAUCUGGCUUCCGAUCUUGCACUUGAUGAGAAGAUUCAUCGCGAUUCUAUUACAAAAUCGAUCAGAGAUCGAUCGCAAAGAAGGUCCAACAUGUUUGUACCUUUACCCAGCAAAGAUCCAUUGAUCGUUCAACCCACUCCAAAUCACAAUAGAAAGAGAACAUAUGUGUCAGGUACACUUCAACAUAAUCAAUUUAAGAAACAAGAAACUGCAGCAGCAGCUCACAUACCACCAUCGAGUGCACAGCUUAAAUCUAAGUCUCCAAGGUACGAGGGCAAUGUAUUUGAGAGGCUUUCUAACAAUUUAACUGAGUCAUUCGAGAGAAAAGCUGCAGAACGCAGAGCUAUAUCUCCUAUUCGUAAUAAAAGGAACACAACAUCACCUAACAGGUCGCAAAGACCAGGGGCUUCCAUACAUGGCUCUCCAACUAGCCGGAAAAAUGCGUCAAGUACAUCUCACACAGAUAAAAUUCAUCACACUCUGAAAAACAUAUUUGAUUCCAGAAUCCCUCAACUACCGAAAAAGAACACUACCGUACAACCUCUGAAGAGGAGAGUAUCAAAUUUGAUUGACAGAUCCAAGGUGCAGGAGAGAAAAUCACUAAUACCAAGGAUACAGAAAGUUACCCCUGUAAAACGUAUAAAUGGAACUACCGUCACAGAAACAAGUGAAAACAAUCAUAUAAAAAUAGGAGGAUCAAUAGAUGCGAUGCAAUCAGUAUCAAGAGCAAAGGCAUCUGUGCCAGCUCAAAAGUCUACGCUAAUAUCUCCCAAUUCACUAGAGCAGAAGAUAAAUGCUCACGACAGACUCACUAAAUUUCAACUAAUUCCAAACAGCACAAACAGCAAACAGGAAAAGGAUGUUUUGAAACAAAAACUAAAUAAAAGAUUAAGUGAGGUGAUGCGGAAUCAACAAGAACAGCAAAUGAAGAAAAAGUUUGAAAUGCAGCAACGCAGGAUCUCUCAGGCGGACGAAGAAUCAAAAAGAAGAACAAAAAUUCUCUUGGACCAUAAUAAUUCUACACUGCCCACACUUUCCAAAACAACCAACACCAAUUCGGUAUUAUAUGAUAUUAAUACAGUGGAUUAUAGAGAAAUGAUAGGGUUGCCGCCGAAAGGAGAAGAGUCUAAUGGUGAUGUAACUUUACCGGAAAUUGCAUCAGAUGAUGAGGGAGAUAAUGCUGAAACUGGACGUACUUUGAUGUCGUGGGCAGAAGCUACUAAAUUAAAGCAGCAAUUGCUAUCACAACAAGAUUGGGAUAUUGAAAAAGUACUAGGUCCUAUCCCCGUUUUACAUAUCGACGAAGUAUUUCAGACUAAUACAUCUAGACUUCAGAAACUUAAAAAGAGGUGA